CAUAUUGAAGUAAACAUUGGUCUUCGAAACGCAAGUUUAAAAAACAAAAAUGUGUUAUUUUGUUUACAGAUUUCAUUUCAUUAAAUAGUUACAAAUGUUUCUAGCCUUAUUUCUGGAGUCAUUUUGUGAAACGUAAUGUUUUCAUUUAGUGAUUCAUAAUUGAACACCCCUUCAAACAAGUGUUGUGAUCUUGUGACCUAGUUUCUCAUAUUGACAGAAUUUUCUCCGUCUGGGGCGUGCAUGAGAUUUUUUGACAGCUCAUAUUUGCUUAUUUCGUCCCGGCAUAUGUCUCAGCUUUUGCCCAGAAAUAUGCUGUGAGGUACAGUUCACUUCAUGGGCGGCUGAUGGGUGUCGCAUCAGAGUAAGAACAGUUGAAGUACCGUCGUAUGUUUCCCGCUUUGUCAGACUAAGUGAUCAUCAUGGUGCUAGAGUCCAUCAUUGCCAGUCUGCUGAACAAGUAUCUCGGCAAAUAUGUGCAGAACUUGGACAGCGAAAACCUCAACCUGGGCAUCUUCAGUGGCAGCUUGGAGCUGACCGAUCUGGAGCUCAAGCCAGAGGCUCUGUAUGAGCUUAACCUUCCUAUCGAGGUCAAGGCAGGAUACAUAGGGAGGAUUAUCGCUGACAUCCAAUGGACAUCGUUAUUCUCUCAACCUCUGGCCGUCAAUAUUGAAGACGUCUUGAUCCUAGCUGGGCCCGUCUAUGACAGACCCUACGAUGAAGCCCGGGAGAGACAACUACAGAAUGCCGUCAAGAGAAAGCUACUAGAUGACUUGGAUGCAGCCAACAAGAAACACAAAAACAAAAGCAAGGAAGAAGAAGCAGAAGAUUUGACAUUCACCGAGAAAUUGACAGCGAACAUCAUUAACAACAUCCAGUUCCAUGUCAGGAAUGUACAUGUCCGAUAUGAGGACUCCACAACCAGACCUGAUGAGCCGUUCGCCUUCGGCUUCACACUCCAACGCCUCUAUGCAGAGACAGCAGACGAAACGUGGCAUGCGGCUUCUGUGGAUGCUGGUGCUACUUUUAUGCGCAAGCUUGCAGAGAUGAAUGAGUUAGCUGUAUAUUGGAACCCGGACUGCCAGCAGUUGAUGGGCCAGCAUCUGACCUCUAACGCAUGGAGAGAAAUGAUGAGGAACUCAGUCACUAGCCACAAGAUCAAUGGAGAGAGUUUGCAGUUUGUGAUUGAUCCCGUAACCACCGCUGCCCGUCUUGCCCUCGACAAGGCCACGGCUCCCCAGUACCUGACCCCCAUGCUCAUGGUGGAUAUCUUGACGGAGACGGUUGCCAUGACGAUCUCUCGCCAGCAAUACCUGAACAUCUUAGAUCUGAUUGAAGGCAUGAAGCUGAUGGAGGUCAAUCAGAGGUAUCGCAAAUACCGCCCCGCGGUCAGGUCGGCUGGACAUGCUAAAGAAUGGUGGAAGUAUGCCUACAACUGCAUCGUUGAGGAACACAUACGGCCGUGGUCUGCCAAACGACUGGACAAGCACACCCAGCUGUACAAGGAGUACAUGGACAAAUACCGAGAGAAACUCAGACUGCGCGAGAAUAAAGAGGACUCCGUACAGGUGGACAAAGAGCUUGCCUCAUUGGAAGACAACCUGGAUGUAACAAGCAUCGUGAUUGGACGAGAGAAGGUCAAAGUUCAAUUUGCCAAAGGGGCUCCUGAACGGGAGAGGAUACGCAGGGAGAAGAAAGAAUCUGAGAAGAGUUGGAUCUGGGGCUGGCUAGGAUGGGAUUCAGACUCCGAGGAGGACACCGAGGAGGACAUGGAUGAAGAUGGUAUAUGGUCUCAGCUGACUGAGGAGGAGCAAGAACGAGUCAUUAAAGGUAUCGGCUUAGACACGAAGGCUGUGGAGCAUGCCAGCGAUCUUCCCCCUGAGUAUAUCCAAACCAAACUCAGCUUUGCGUUGAAUACCUGCAAUGUGGUCCUGAAGAACAGUGGGAUAACAAUCUUGCAGUCAUCGCUUCAUAACGUCCAGGCAGGGUUCAUGCACAGACCUGGCUCCCAGGGAUUCCAGGUACUGAUGAGCACUGAUUCCGUCCUUGUGGAGGGUUGCUCUCCCCAACAUGACCAACUCGUAGCCAUUCUGACCUCCGAGAAGGCUCGCUCGGACUCCAUCAGUCAGAUCUUCAGCCUGGACUUUGAGACAAACCCGCAGAGGAUUGCCGCAGACACGUCGUUAGCUGUGACCACAGAGCCUGUAGAUAUCACAUAUCAUGAGCACACUGUUUCUGAGCUGAUCGCAUUCCUGACCGUGCCUAACCUUGAUGUGGAGGCCUUGAAAACAGCAGCAGCUACACAGCUACAAGAACUAGCCAAGGCUGGUAAACAGGGAUUGCUACACGCCAUAGAGAACCACAAGACCAUACAGAUUGAUGUUGACAUGAAGUCACCUAACAUCAUCAUACCUGAGUUUGGUUCCUUGGAUAAAGGCGGUCAUCUGCUGGUGAUUGACCUAGGUAGCCUGAGAGUCAAUAGUGAUCUGCAGAGUAGCCUGGCAGACAGGAUGAAUGUCGCUCCUGGGGAUGCUACACCGACGGAGAUUGAAGCUCGUUUGUAUGACAAGUUUGUGGUGCGAUUGGAUGACAUUCAGGUGCUGCUGGUCCAUUCAGGUGAUGACUGGCACGAGGCGAUCACUCAGAAGGAGUCUGAUUACCACCUCAUCCCUAGCAUGGGACUGCAGCUGAAUGUCUUCAACAGCGUGAAACCAGACUAUAAAGCUCUUCCUCAGCAAAAAAUAGAGGCUGUCCUCCCCUCCUUGAAGCUGAAAGUAUCUGACAAGAAGCUGAACACAAUUCUAAAGUUUGCCCAUAAUUUGCCCCUACCUAGCAGCAGAGUGACUGAGACAGGACCGCCAAGGGGAGUCAUCUUGGCAAUGGAUCCAAGACACAUAAAGAGAGAAACCACAUUCUUUGCCCUGAGGAGGAUUAAGAGAGCUGCACGUCGAAAGAGCGGUAGAGGUGUCGCUAGGAUGAAACGAGAUGAAAUGGACUCGGGACCUCCCGCUGAAACUCUAGGAGCAGAUGGGGAUGACUCAAGCUCACCUGAUAGUGAUGAUUUUUACUCCGCUUCCGAUCAUUCCGACACCACCCUACAGCAGUGGGCGGCCGAGAGCCCUGUACCCAGCUUUGAUGACAAUGACUCUCAUUCCAAUAGAACCAGCAUACUCAUCAGAUUCGCAAUCAGAGAGAUGGUCCUAUCAGUCUCCAAAACCCAGAACCCUCCGCCCUCCUCAAUCCCACCCGCUGCAUCUUCCCCUGAUACACCGGACACCAGUGAUACCGAGUACCUGUCGCUGCGUAUUGACUCCAUGUGCAUUGACGUUGCCAUCAGUACCUAUGGUCUGGCUGUCCAGCUGGGUCUGAAAGGCGUCCGGAUCAUUGAUAAAUUCCACAUGGGUCAUGAUGGGAUGUAUCUACAUCUACUCAGCUCAGCUUCCAAAUCUGAUCUGGUGUCUGUUCUCUACAGAAAGGUGGAUAUAGCUUGCCCGGAUUUUGUGGCCUAUUACAAUGCCAUGGAGCAGGCUGCGGUGGCUAAAGUGACUGCACUGAAUGUAGUAUUCCAUAGAACCGCUGCACUGGUUCUCAAAGAUUUCUUGCAAGAAUUAAUGGACAGUUUCAAGAACUCAGGUCUUGGUGAAGCAGCAUCCACCCAGCUAGAUGGAACUACCACUGAGUCAUCGCCCAGUGCUCCUACUGAACCCAAAUCCACCCAAGAAAUUCCAGACAAACCACCGCCGACCACCUCACCUACAGAUCAAGGUCCCAAACCCACUGAGCCACGAAGCACCACCAAGUUCUUUGCCCUGGCCAAGCUGGACUACCUGUGUCUGUCCCUCUGUGAUGUGAGUGACUUCUUAGCGAAUAUCUUCAUCCGAGAUCUGGAAGUAUCUGCCAGUGAUAGAGCUAGCAGAACAACCCUGAGAGCAAGGUUGAGAGAUUUCUCCAUCGAAGACCCUGUCGACAACAGCGUGUACUCCAAGAUCUUAUGCCUGCAGGACCAGACAGCAUUUGAUGUCAAGUUUGGAAUCUUCAAGAAGCUUUCGGUUACCAGACCCAAAGCCCCACCCAAAGCUGCCAGCAGCUUCUCCGAGUCUGACGGAGUCACGUCCUCGCCAACGGGUCCGUCUACCAGACCGGUUCCGGCACCAGACCCAGUGCACAUUGACUACAGUCUGAGGUUCCGAGGGGGUAGAAUCCAGGCAGUGCUUAUGGGGCAGUUCAUCAAGAAUGUCACUACUUUCUUUCAACCAUUUAUCAAGCAAGAGGAGAUCAUGCAAGCCAGUGAAAGCUCCAGAGUAGCUGUCCAGAAAAAGAUGAAAGACCUAAGUGAUGAAGGGAUCAAGAUCAGUUGGUACGUCAACAUCCGUGCUCCAGUGCUCUUCAUCCCCCAGUCACCUCAAUCAACCAGCUGCCUGGUAGCUCAUCUGGGCGAUCUCAUGCUGUCCAAUCACUUUGAGGAGGUGGAAGUGGAGGGAGCCGAUUCCAAGUCACUCAUCGAUCACAUGUCACUGCAGCUGAACUCCAUCGAGUUUUCCAGGGGAUUGGUACAACCUAACCAAGUACUCGGCAUUCAUCGUCUGUUGAUUGAACCUUUGACAUUGCGUGUUCAUCUGAAGUGGGCUGUAUCUCCAGUUCAUGAGUCUAUCACGCCGUUGGACAUCAGUAUUAUCCUGGAUCACAUCGAGGUUAAUAUCGGAGAGCAAGAUCUGAUGAUAAUUCUAGCUGUUAUCAAUGACAACCUACUGUACAGUGAAGAUGCACACAGCCUAGAAGCACCAACCAUCACGGUAGAAGUGCAUUCCCCGGUUCCCCCCGGAGCUGAGACGCUACCUGAUGAGCCUGUCACCCCUACUCCUGGUAAGAGCACCACGGUAGUGGAUGCAGCCAAGAAGAGUGCUGUCCAUGCUGAGUUCGUGCUGCAAGGAGUUCACAUUACGCUCUUCACCAAUGAGCCGAGACUGAGGCCAUCCAGCCAGGCCCACGGGCUCAUUAAGAUUGAUGAGUCAAGUCAGGCAGCUACCCCAGGGGAUUAA